AUCAAGUGACGACUCCUUAUCAGUUAGCACUGCUUGUCACUUGGUUUGUUACUGAUAGAGCUUAGUAAACUUUCUAAAAUCAAAUUACAUACAUAAUAUUUAAUAUGCAUUGUUUAGUAUUGUCUGAUACAUAGAUAAACGUUUAUCUAUGGUCUGAUAAAUCGCGAUCGAACCAUAAACUGAAAAUAAUUAUUCUUCUCGACUAUUGCGGUUACAUUUGUUAAAUAACGUAUUGUUCUGCGCUCUAGUGUUUUUGGUUGAUAGUCAACGGGUACAACAUUUUGGAAUAAACACUCUCCGUUACAAAAUAUACUUGAUAAGUAUAAAUAAAAAUGGCAUCUGGUAAAAGACUGAGUCCUAACGAUCCAGGAUCCUAUUCAUUACCUGAAAAAGUUGCCAUCAAUCAUAUUGAUAUAGAACUUGCUGCUGAUUUCAAAAACAAAAAACUUAAAGGACUUGUUGAUUUGAAUUUUACUAAGAUUGAUGAAAAUUGUGAUCAUAUUAUUUUGGAUAAUCUGGAUUUAAAUAUUAUUAGUGUUAUAAAUAAAGAUGAUGGAUCUUCACUGGAGUUCACUAUAGGUGAUAGUUUGAAAGUAUUUGGAUCAAAAAUAGAAAUAAAACUUCCAUUUACUAAAAAGGGUGUGAUACGAAUAACUUAUGAAACAUCUAAAACUGCUUCAGCUUUACAAUGGCUUACACCUGAACAAACUUUAGGCAAAGUUUAUCCAUAUUUGUUUAGUCAAUGCCAACCUGCUCAUGCUCGAUCUAUGCUUCCUUGUCAAGACACACCAUCAUUAAAAUCAACAUAUACUGCAAAGAUAACAGCUCCUAAACCAUUAACAGUAUUGAUGAGUGCUAUUCCAGUUGAAGUUACUGAUAAUGGUGAAACACGUACAUUCUUUUUUCAACAAACUGUUCCUGUGCAAUCUUAUUUAAUCGCUUUAGCUAUUGGAAAUCUAGUCAGUAGAACUUUAAGUCCUAUAUCAAAAAUUUGGUCUGAGUCUGAAGAAAUCGAGAAGGCUGCUUAUGAAUUUAAACAAAUACCGGAGUUGUUAAAAACUGCUGAACAAGUUUGUGGUCCAUAUGUUUGGAAAAUUUAUGACCUACUUGUUAUGCCACCAUCAUUUCCUUUCGGUGGUAUGGAAAACCCAUGUUUAACUUUUGUAACCCCAACAUUAUUGGCAGGAGAUAGAAGUCUAGUAAAUGUAGUAGCUCAUGAAAUAGCACAUAGUUGGACUGGCAACUUAGUGACAAAUUGUAAUUUUGAACAUUUUUGGAUGAAUGAAGGAUUUACUGUUUAUGUAGAGCGCAAAAUAGUUGGCGCAAUGCAUGGCGAGAAUCUGAGAGAGUUUGCAGCACUUGGUGGUCUUGAAGACCUUAAACAAUCUGUCAUUACAUUGGGUGCUGAUAAUCCAUUAACUAAAUUAGUAGUUGAUCUGAGUGGUAUUGAUCCUGAUGAUGCAUUUUCUACUUGUCCAUAUGAAAAGGGUCAUACAUUCUUGUUUUACUUGGAAAAAUUGUUUGGCACAUCUGAAUUCGAGGCAUUUUUCAAAUCCUAUAUUGAUAAAUUCAAAUAUAAAUCUGUUGGUACGGAAGAUUUUAAAUCAUACUUACUGUCCUAUUUUCACGAAAAUGAUGUUACAUCCCAAAUUGAUUGGGAUUUAUGGCUGUAUACUUGUGGUAUGCCUCCAAUAAUACCAUCGUAUAAUAAAUAUUAUGAAGAUAAAUGUGAUUCUUUAUUGAAUCGUUGGGAAAAAUGGGAUGGUACAGAUUCACCUUUUAAUAAAUCAGAUUUAGUUGAAUUUCAGACUGCACAAACGAUACAAUUUUUAGCAUUACUUUUGAAGUCAAAUAGUUUCAAUUUGCAUAAAUUAAAAAUUAUGCAAGAAGUUUAUGAUUUCAAUAGUAAUGGUAACUGCGAAAUAUUACUUAGGUGGCUAAGAAUAUGUGCAAAAUUCAAGUGGUCCGAACAACUAGAAUUAAUAUUUAAAUUUAUUAAUUCUACUGGAAGAAUGAAAUAUGUUCGACCUUUAUACAGAGAUUUAUAUUCUUGGGAAGAAGUACGAACCAGGGCAAUUGAGAAUUUUGAAAAAAAUAAAAUGAGUUUGAUGUAUGUUUGCCGUCAUACUGUUGCAAAAGACCUACAUUUAAGGGAUCAAUGAAAUUUUCCGAAUUAAUUUUUUUUUUAUCAUUUUUCAUGCUUUAAAUUACUACUUUAUAAUGUAAAUCUGCAUGUAUUUUAUACAAAAACUAUGCUGAUAAAAUAUAAUUUGUAUAAUUGAGUAUAUAAUUCCAAUAA